AUGGCCGCCAACGGCGCAAACGGCGCAAACGGUGACUCACGACCGGUGUUCUUCUUCGACAUUGACAAUUGUCUCUAUUCCAAAGCAUGCAACAUCCAUACUGAGAUGGGAAAGUUGAUCAAUAAAUUCUUUUGCAAGCACCUAGACCUCAGUGCCGAGGAUGCGCAUAUGCUCCACCAGAAAUACUACAAGGAGUAUGGUCUCGCCAUCGAGGGUCUAACUCGCCACCACAAGAUUGACCCACUCGAGUUUAACUACGAGGUUGAUGAUGCUCUUCCCCUCGAUACGAUCCUCAAACCCGAUCCCAAGCUGCGAAAGCUGCUCGAGAGCCUAGACACCAGCAAAGUGAAGCCGUGGCUACUCACCAAUGCCUAUGUGAACCAUGGAAAGCGGGUUAUCAAACUGCUAGACAUUGAGGGUAUUUUCGAGGGUAUUACCUACUGUGACUAUGGACAGUUGCCGUUAGUUUGCAAACCCAGCCAGGAAAUGUACGAAAAGGCGGAGAAGGAAGCCGGUGCGCCGAGCAUGGAACAGUGCUAUUUUGUCGAUGACUCACACCUCAACUGUACUCAUGCACAAGAACGGGGUUGGAAUACAGUGCAUUUGGUAGAGCCAGGCAUUCCCAUCCCACAAGUCCCCGCCUCGAAAUACUUGAUCUCUAAUCUGGAGGAGCUUCGGGUCCUUUUCCCCCACCUCUUCAAGCCCCAGGAGAGCGACGACGCUUAG